AUGGGACGGCAUUCUGAUCUGGUGGGCUGGUGGAGCCAGUGCCCGGCACUUGGGCAGACGAUCGGCGGAGUGGCCCGGGGUUGGCCGGUUCGGUAUGCGACGCGGCUGCGGCCGCUCGUGGCGCAGAGGAGAGGACGCGGGUCGCGGCGAGGGAAGUCCGAUGGCCCCCGGGCGGGCCGGGCGGUGCGCAGGACGGUCCCCAGCAUGCUGGCAUCCCGCGUCCUGAGGGCACGGCUGUCGACGAUGCUGCGCGGGAGCGCGGUCGAGAUCGAACUGGGGGGCCGCGCGGCGUGGGGUGCGCGUUUCAGAGCUUUCCGGACCUCGGAGCUUUUGAGAUGGAGGGGGAUGGGGGCAGGCCUGCCCAAUUGGGCACAGCAGUGUGCCGUGAUCGGAUCAGGGAGAUGGGGCGAUCACUGGAUAGAAUCCCCAUUGAGAAGAAAAUACGCAUGGACACCCCCGCGGAAGAUUUUUGCGGCUGCCAGCCGCUCCCAGAAUUACCGCCUCAGCCCAGAAGACGUCAGCUUCUGGAACAAGAUCCUGUCGAAGGUCACCCUCCCCAAUGCAAGCCAGCUUGUGGAUCAACUGGACAUGACUGCAAGCCCCACUGGGGUGGUCCUGGCUGGCCGCCGUCGCCGGCCCUCCUGCUAUGACUUCUUCUGCAAAGUCAAGGCACAGUACCCACGCCAUGUAGUGCUUUGCCGCAUCGGCGAGUUCUACGAAAGCCUUGGCGUGGACGCUGUGCUCCUGGUGGAGCAUGCAGGUCUGAACCCGAUGUCGCCGGCCUUGGGCGUCCCCAAGGCUGGAUGUCCCGUGGUGAACAUCAGGAAGACAUUGGAGUCGCUGGUCCAGCAGGCGGGCUUCUCUGCAGUCGUGUGUGAAGAGGCUCCUGCCGCCUCUCAGUAUGGGCGGACCACUGGCAAGAAAGACAGGUAUGUGAGCGGGGUGGUGACGCCUUCGAUGCCCAUGUAUUUGCAUGGCUUGAUCGACUCGGUGGCAGAUGAGCUGUUCAACCAGGCUGCCCCAGUGCUGGGGGUGGCCCUUACUUCCCUGGGCUUCACUGUUAUGGACGUGACAGUGGACUCCAGGAUGGUGAAGGUCUCAGAUGGGCUCACAGAGGAGGCUAUGUGGUCCCGGAUAUAUGCGCAGGGCGUUGCACCCCCGCUGUAUGUCCACUCAUCGAUCUCAGCAGUGCAGACACGCAGGGCCAGGCAGGGCACUGACCUAUCUGAGUGGGAAUACAGACUGAGGCAGAUCGCCCCUUCACAGGUGGGCCACAUCGAGAUAUACACCUCCCCCAGUCCACUGGACGGGCUACUCAUGAUGGUGCGAAGGAGCCAGGGCCUGCCCCCUGACGUGGCUUUCCAGGUGGUGUCAGAGCAGGACCGCUCCAGGCCCAUGCCCCUGUACCUGUCCACCUCCAGCCAGCUGGGCAUCACCCAGACCCGGGGCUUCCCAAGCCUGCUGGACUUUGUGCUGCCGGCGGAAGCCACUGGCCUUGUCAGAGGCUGGAUGAACAAGCUGCUGCUGAUGCCCCCCACAGAUGAAACGGCACAGCAGAUUCAUGCUGCGUGUGAGCUGCUGGCUAACUUGCGAUGCCCCAUCCCCAGCUAUGGGGCGUCGAUGCCCAGCAGCAAGGUGGUGCAGCUGAUAAGUGCUGCUCAGGGCAACGUGGGGUUCUUCAGGAAUUUGCGCGACUUGGUGAAUGGUGUGCAUGAGACGAUCCUAGCACCUGAGCUCGUUCCACUUGCAAAGGCUGUCACAGCUGUCACGGAGGCAGACACCCGGCUGGCCCUCUCUUUAGAAAGUCUAGAAGACGCGUGUGUGACGGCCAUAAAAGCCAUCAGUGGUGUGGUCGCCCCAGCAUCGUCUGAAGGGGAUGUGGAGGUGGAGGCGGCUUCAGGUGACAUGGCGGUCGUCAGUGCAUUUUUUGCGUUCAAUGAAGGCAAGUUCCAAGGACGGGUGUUGGACCGAUGUCUGAAGACUGAGCUGGAGGCUGUGAGGGAGGCCCAGGCAGAUGUGGAGGGGGCCGUUGAGGAGAUCUUUCUUCCUCUGAGGGACCACAGCAGGGACACAGGAAACAGGCGACGGGACCCAAUCGUGGCAUUCGACAGGGAUGACAACUCUGUUUUCUUGAAGAUCGCAUCUCCUGUGCUGAGAAAAAGCGAGUUCGUGAAGAACAUGGCACUGCUGCACCCUUUUGAUAGGAAGUCUGUCGUGUGCCAGAAUCGGUACUCAUCUGAACGACUGGAGCUGGCAUUGAGCUCUUACAGGGAGGCCUGCAGUGCAGCAGAAGUGGCAGUUCGAAAGGGCCUCAUCUCGCUGGCAGAGUCCCUGAGGCCCAUCCUUUCUCGGUUGAUUGGUGCUGCACAGUUCGUGACGAUCAUGACAGCCCUCCAGGGGCAUGUGCGAGAGGCCUGCCGGCGCAACUGGGCGCUGCCUGACAUCUCUGUGAGGAGAGUGGCAGAGCCAGGGCCCAUGGUGGUUGAGGAGAUGUGGCCAUAUUGGCUCGAUGGCUUGAGCAUGCGGACGGUCAGGAACACAUUCGAGCUGUCAGGCAUGGUCAUGCUGACAGGGCCCAACAUGGCAGGCAAAUCCACAGUGCUUCGCUCCGUCUGUGCUGUGGCAUUGCUCGGCUCCUGUGGGCUGUUCAUCCCUGCUACCUUUGCCAAGAUUCCCUACAUAGACGCCUUUGUCCUGCGGACUUUUGCCUCAGACAGCCCCAUCGAUGGCCGCAGUGGCUUCGCCACCGAGAUGUGGGAGAUGGGCUAUGUGCUUGACGAUGUUUCCACCAAGUCCCUAGUGCUGGUGGACGAGCUUGGGAAGGGCACAGAGGUGCAUGCAGGGACUGCAGUUGCGGGUGCCAUUUUUGAGUCGAUCCGCGACAAAGGCUGCAUGGGCAUCUUUGCCACCCACCUGCACUUUUUGUUCCGCCUCCCGCUGGUGGAAACCAACAUCAGAUAUAUGAAGAUGGAGACUGUUAAAGCAGAAGAGAAUGAGCAUGGCCCCGGCAAUGGGUUUGAGAGGAGAGAGCCCACAUGGAAGAUUGUCCCAGGAAAGAGCACUGAGAGUCUGGCGCUGCAGGUGGCAGAGGAUUCUGGGCUGCCUGACAAAACCAUCCAGCGUGCAAGCCAACUUCUGGACAUCUUGUGCACAAAAUCCUUGACAGGAGUCCAGCAACCACGCACAACAGACAGAGGUGGACUGGAAGGGAUGGAGCAGACAAUGCUUGGUGCAUGCAGAAAUCAUGGUGACGGGGCUGCUAGCUGGCCACAGUCUGUCGAUCCUGGUGCCCCUCAGUUGCAGGAAGCUGACAUCACAGGGCGUUUGGUGAACAAGACUGAAGCCAAUGGUGGGGACAGCGUUUCCCAGCCAUCAGCUGGGGCUGAAACAUUGGAGAGGGGCAUUCAGAGUCUAAAUCGCUUUCGCUGCUCUCCAGCCGGGCAGCCAGCAGAUGGUGAGGGCGAGCGGAUGCAUGUGUGGGCGGGAAGACGGGUGUCCAACGUUGAAGAGGGCCUUGUCAUGGAAGUUUUCGAAGAUUGUGCAAGGAAGGCUUGGCAGGCCCUGGCCUCAACGUCCUCAGUCUCUCCACAAGACGGUGCUGCCAAUGGCACGAUGGAGAAGGCUGGAGGCAGUGCUGCUGAAUGUGACAGCACGCUGGUGUCCCCUUCCAUGGCAGGAUCGGAGGGUCAAGUGUUUAAAGAGGGGUGGGAGGAUGGGAACCACAGCUGGAUUCAGUCCUUCUAUGUCCCACCUGGUCACGACCCUCCUCCCCGCCUCACCAACAGAGCAUGCAUCUACGUGGUCCGCUGGGCGGACGAGUACCUGUACGUGGGCGAGACGGACGACCUGCAGAAGCGGCUUCGCCACCACCGCCGCAGGCGUGGCAGUGCCGUGGGCAAGGCUCUGGAGGCUUGGUACAUAUGUGUCCCCAGGGUGGAGGGCAGCAAGAGCAUGGCCAGAGCUAUCGAGAAAGAGACCAUCAGGGGCCUGGGGGAGAGGGGGUGGCCGUUGUGGUCGUCGAAAGAUGGAAGGAACGCCAAUUUUGGGGUGAAGGAGUGA